GAUUUGCAUAAUUGGCUAGGAAAUUAGUAAAGACAUACUAAUCAAAGCUGAUGAAAAUCUGUAUAAUGGAACAUUGUGAUUUAGGGAAAGGAACUUCGGCCGACACGUUGAAGUUAAUAAAACAUCAGCCUACUUGGAUUGGUAAAUACACCCACCCCCACACACACACACACACCCACACUAAUAAAUGGUAUGUUCUAUAAAUGGAAACGCUGAUUGUGCACGUUCGAUUCUGGCAACUAAGUCAUUUUGGCUACUUCCUCCCUUUCGAUAAACAAGUACAAAAACACUUCUGUCAUAUUUUAUCAACGGAUACCAGCAGUGUCGCUUUCCUCUGUCUUUACAUUCUUGUAUAACAGGGUACAAAAGUAUACAUCAGUCUUAUUUACUUCCUCUUACUUUAGAUUUGUUGACAAAACUUUGUGAUCUAGAAGAUAGGGCAUGACUAUUGAUUAAAUAUUAGAUACAGUACAUCAAUUUACAUCAACUUAAAAUUGUUCUGUGUUGGUUGCUAAAAGUACCCCCCCCCCUAGACAUGGCAGAAAUGGACCGUUCUAUGGACUUCAAAACAGAUGACAUUAUACUUCGCUGCAGACUCGUCAUUUGCCUGACCCCUCUAGACUGAGUGCAGUUGCAGGGCCGGAGAAACUGAAGUAAAACCUCGAUCCAAAAUGACUAUGUUGAAACUGCUGAUCUGCGCGCUCUUCUUGGUGACGGAAGUGGCCCCUGCCCCGUCCCAAGUGCGCCAAAACUUUCACGAGGACAGCGAGGCUGGCAUCAACAAGCAGAUAAACUUGGAGCUGUACGCUAGCUAUGUCUAUAUGUCAAUGGCGUCGUACUUCGGCCACGAUGACGUGUCCCUGGACGGUUUCGCCAGGCUGUUCCUGCGCAUGUCUGAGGAGGAGCGGCAACACGCCAACGUGCUGGUGGACUACCAGAACAAGCGCGGCGGCCACGUGGUUUACCGGGAAGUGAAGCAGCCGGAUCAGACACAGUGGGGUAGCGGGCUGGACGCCAUGGAGUCGGCUCUGGAGCUGGAGAAGCACAUGAACCAGGCGCUGCUGGAUCUGUACAGGAUCGCAGAUCGACAUGCGGAUCCACAGAUGCAGGACUUCCUGAACUAUCACUUCCUGAAGGAGGAGGUGACGCGCAUCAAACAGCUGGGGGAUUACGUCACCAAGCUGAAGCGUGUGGGAGACGGACUGGGCGAGUACAACUUCGACCGUGAUGUGCUGGGUGGGGGGAAGUAGUGCGCAAAUCUCUGUUAGACGUCAUCGUUGUUGCUCUAUAGUAAGCACAAAAUAAACCAAUCAUUUUGUCAUUUUCCAUGAAUGAUACAACCAGUGCUCCUGUGCCGCAUGUAUACAAUCGUACGCUAGAUGCAUAUAACAUGAUGCAGACAUUAAUUCUUAUCAAGUCUUAUAUCUUAAUGUUAGCUUUUUUAUGCUAUGCAGUUAGGGAUGGGUACCUCGUACCGGUACAAAUCGUUUUUUUCUUAUUGGACCGGUCCGGAAAAACCGGACCUGAAAAAAAUCGAUAGACCGGAUGUUGGACGGAUUCGGAAAAUGAACAUAUUAUAUGAUCAGGCAUUCACAUGUUUGGGGGCUUACUGGUCUAAGAAAAUCCCAAGAGCGAAGUAGGGUAGAGUUUAUAGUAAUUUUUACCAAGUUUUACAGUCAAUUUUACAGAGGCAGUUAGCCUUGUAGGAUUUUAAAACGGCAAUAGGAGUCGAAUAUAUUUCUUUGUAGCUAAAUGGACCAUCGUUUUGAGUAUCGUCCAUUCACAAGUUUUCACAUACCGAUUCAGGACCAGAUUCAGGUCCGAACCUGGACCUGAUCCUCUGGACCUGAACUGGACCUGGGCCUUAAUUUUCUGUA